AUGGCGAUCCCAGUGCCUUACAUCGCGACGGUGGCGGGAUUCAUAUUCUUCGUCCACGCCGCGUUCUUCACAGCGCACUACAGGGAAGGACUGAAGGACCUUGAUGAGCCGUUCAUCCUGCCGCCCACACAGGUUUUUAUGGAAAUCGCUGCUGGUAUGUUCUUCACCAUCUGGGCAGCUGUGAACCUUCCAGGAGAAUCCUUCAUUCCCAUCCAGCUGUCUGAGGAUGUGAACAGGGUGGUGCAAACUCCAGUCCCAGUAAACCUCCGUGUUUCCCCAUCCGAUUUCCAUGGUCCGGGGGUCAUGGCGGUUCGCUUCCAUCGGUUCCUUGUUUCCUCCCCUCUCCCCCCUCUCUACUUCCCUCCUCUUCCCAAACCCUCCCUCCCCUCCACUCCUUUCUCUUCUGCUGAGGGCUCUACAAUUCAGAUUAUGUGUUCCCCUGCUGGAAUCGAGCUGUUUCUAGGCCGCAGGAUGAACGUGGGCGUUGCCGCGCGACCCUCCCCUCCAGACACGAUGCAUCCCUCUGACCAUUACGCGCCGAGCCAUCCGUUCGCAGAUCCCUCCGUCUGUCUCGCAACCCGUCUCUCUCCCCCAGACUGCUUCUCCGCGUCGCUCGGCUCGUCUCCGUCGCGCUGCGGAUCCGAAGCGCUCAAAGCCGCCGCUUGCCGGCCGGCAGGCGGCCUCCGGGAGCGGCCGUCGUUGCUCGGACCGCAGGGGUUGGAACAGGAAUGGGCGGCUAUUUUUGGCGACGAGGACGGAGAGGACGGGGAUAACGGAGGUUACGGGGAUGACGUAGAUUACGGUUAUUCCGGAAAUGACGGGAAAACUGGAGGUGAGCGUGAGGAGGAAGACGACGAGGAGGACGUGCCUUGGGAGAAAGCCUUCCCUUCCCGCUCUCCGCGCAGUAAUCUAUCCGCGCAGGCACUCCGCACUUCCUCCCUCUCCCCCGAUUCCCCGUCCAUUUCCCCGCGUUCCUCCUCCGCUGCGCUAGCUGCUGCGCUUGCGGCGUCCCGAAAGGCGGAUAGCUUUCGAGAAGAUUUAGAUUCGUCGGACGAGGAGUUUCUAGCCGCUUAUUGCCACAUUACUGGUUCCCCCACUGCGGAGUCCCCCGUAUCUUCCCCCCCUUCCGCGGCUUCCGCGGGUUCCGCCUUCCGCGGGCCCGUCGUCCGCGCGCUGCAGAAGAGCGCGAGCUGUUUGGAGGGGCGGGGGGAGCAGCGUCAAGCGCCGGUGCGCGCGCAAGCGGCGAGGGCGCAGGCGCUGGCAAAGUCGCAAGAAACGUUGUUGCGCAAAGGCGGAGCGAGCAGCGGAGCGAGCGGCGCAAGGGACGCGCAUGCGCGGGUAAGGGCACAGGAAGCGGCGGACGUUCCGCAACGGUCCUUCACGGCGCCAUCCGGGGGUGGUAAGCCAGCGGCUUUUGCGGCGCCUUUUGCGGCGGUUAUUGCGCAUCAGAACCUGGAGCAGCAGAAGCUCCACCUGAAGAAACAGCUGCAGCAAGCGCAGCAGCUACGGACCGCAAUAGGCGGCGGAUUUGGCGGCGGCAGCGGCGGCGGCGGCAGCGGAGUCAGCAGUAGCGGAAGCAGUUGCAGUGGGCUCAAUGGGUCGGACCUUGCGCGGGGGUUAGGCCACGAGUCGGGCGGCAAGCAAGCCGGAAGCGCCGCCGCCGCCGCCGCACACGGGGCGCGCGCGGCAGGGGGAAAUGGGGGAGGCUCGUCCGCGGGAUCUCAGGCGCAGCAGCCGAGCGCCGCGCAAGCUAGAUCUAGAGGCAAAGGGGGGCACGCGGACACUCCGGCUGGCGGAGUGGUAUCCGCGGGUGCGCGAAAGCUAUUCGGGUUCGGUUCGCAGUCUCACCGGAUGUUACCGCACGCCGCCACUACCGGCGGAGGCCCCCGCUCGCUCGUCCGCGGGCGCUCGUGGGCGUCGCUUGAGUUUCAGCGGGCGCAAGAUCCGCCGCAGAGCGCGCCGCAUUUAGAGGAGCUGGUCCCCUGCACUAAAGGCCUCCCCACUAUUGAAAGCAGUGGCAGCGGGAGCGGCAGCGGCAGCGGUAACGGCGGCGGCAGCAGUAGGAGCAGGGAAAAGGGCAGCGGCGGUAGUAGGACCGUUAGUUUCUCGGAGCGGCACUCCGCGCUUCUUUCUCCCGCGGAUUCCCCGCGGGCCCGCGCGGGCGCCGCCGCGCUGCCGCUCUCCGCCAUGGGCAGGGCAAGCUCGGCGGCUGCGGGCGGCGCAUCGCGGGGCUCCCCCUCGUUUCCCCAUGAGCGGAGCGCUCUUCCGGAGCUCCCCGGGUUGGCGAAAAGGGCGCUGCUUGCGCAGGCGCAUGAGGGUACGGGCGCAAGUGGCGCGGGCGGAGCCUUGGCAGACGCAGGCGCACCAGGCCUGUCCCGAACCUCGUCGGCUCGGCAGCUGUACGUUCAGAAGAUGUUGCUGGAUCUAGCGGCGCAGAGUGACGAAGCAAGCGAAGCAGGUUCGGGUUCCGGUUCGGGACACGCAAGCCCGUGUGUAGCGUCGGGCGGGGGAAGCGGAACGGGCGGAAGCGGAAAGGGGGGCCGGAGCGGGCUUUCUAAGCGCGGGGUACUUGGGCGGUCGGUGUCAGGCAAGGAGCACGCGGGGAGGCGCGCAGGGGCAACGGCGCAGGAAGCCGCGGAGGCGGCGCAAUCACAACUCGGCGCGGUCAGGCGCUCCGCUUCCGCGCGCUACCAGCCCGCCUCGCGGCUAUCCGUCGACUUCAGCGCAACUGGCGCAUAUGGCGGCGGAGCAGCGGGAGAAGCCGCGGGGGGGAUGAUGGGGGGAAGCGGCGGAGGGGGUUCCGCGGAGGGGAGGUCUCUGGGGCGCUCCGCGUCAGACAAGGCAAUGCAGGGGGGGGAUCAGGCGCGGAUGGUGGGCCUGCCGUCAAUAUCUGGGGCGAUUUCUGGGGCGGCCGCGACUGUACGGGGAAAAGUAUCUACAGUACUUGUGGAUCCAUUUGCCGGUGCUUAUAACGGGGAAGCUUGUGAUGAGGAUGAGGAUGACGAGGAUCUGUUUGACAUUCUUGCUGCUAUGAGGAGCAUGCAGACGAGCCCCCAGUCUCCAAAUCCCAUCUCCCCCUUCCACCCGUGCCCCCCCCGCUCCCCAGUCCCCCUCUCCCCUUCCCCCGCCAACUCCCCCCACGGCCCCCCUCACCACACAUAUUCCCGCGAUCCCUCCCCUGCUCCCCGCGCUCCCCGCCCCUCCUCUCCCCCUCCCCCUCCCCUCCUCCGCUCCCCCUCACCUGCCUCUCGCUCCCCCUCCCCCCGUUCUCGCACCGCAUCCCAACCAAACCACCCGUCGUCCUUCUCCCUGUCUCACUCCAACAUCACUCCUGCACGACCCGCCUCCCAGCUCUACUCAUCCGCCCCUGGCCCUGCCUUCGAAUCCCCUCCUCGCUCCCCACCGCUUUCCCCCCUCGGCUCCUCCUCUGCCUCCUCCCCUCGCUCCCCGCCGCUCACGCCUCCUCGGAACAACCGCCGGCGCUCGCUGCACAUCCCGUCUCGUUCCAUGCCGUCAGCUCUGGCUCGGCCGAACCGCCGCCAUUCCGUGAGCGAGGAUCGGCAGCUGAACAUGACGCAUCCUGCCGCCCGCCAGCCUGGCAGUGGCAGUGGUGGUGCUGGUGGUGGCAGUGGUGGUGGUCCAUUUGCUGCUGCCAGUUCCCAUGGCGCAUCUGCUGCUGCUACUCGUGCAUUUGCAAUGUCGCGUAGUUUGAAUUCUAGCUCAUCUGCUGCCGCGGCAGCUGCUGCUGCUGUGAAAGCGGCUGCGUGUGCAAGGAGAGGACAGGCAGGCAUUGGGGAAGGGAAGUUGGGUGGAGGGGGGGUGGGGUCUGGCAGGCAUUUGCGUGGUGGCAGUAGCGGUAGUGGCAACUGCAAUGGCAGUGGUGGUGGCGACGUUGGGGAUAGGGUGUUUGGUAGAGCACGAACACAGCCUACAGAGCGGGAAUCUGCAGGCAGAGGGUGA